UUGCCAUGCCAGGAGUUUUUUUGCCACAGUUUGCUUUUAGUUUUCAAGUCUCACUGAUCACUCCUCAGAGGAUAAUCAACCUACAGAGAGAUAUGUCGAUGUUAGUGACCAACAUCCAAACUUCAGCUGAUGCCAAGGAGUCAAUGCGAAGGAAAGAGCUGGAGGAGGCUCGCAGACUUCGAUUGGAGCGGCUGGAGAAUGAGGUCAAAUCCAGCCAAGAGAAAUUUGAGGAGAUCACAAGGGGGUGGUCCAUUGCUAAGCAGAAGGUGAUUCCUCAAGAGCUGCAGGAGGCCCUAAACUACCAGCAGGAGUUAUGUGCUGCUCUCAUAGAAAACAAGAAAAAAGUCAUAAAUGAACUUCAACAGGAGCUGAAGGUUGCAGAUGAUUGCUAUGUUAAGGACUUGAGGAAGCAAACAGAGGAGCUGGAUCUGUUGAUGGAAAGGAUGGAGGACCAGAUCAAAAUCCUUACAAAAGCCUACAGAGAAGAGCUGGCCCAGAUUCAGAGAGUUUAUCAGCAGGAAUGUGAAGUCUUACUGACAAGGGACAAGACUGAAUGGGAACAAUACAUGAAGGAGCUUUUGGACAAAGAGUUGGAGAGACUGAUGCAGAGGAAGAAAAAGGUGGAAGAGUACGAAGCUGUAAUUCAGACACUCAUGCUGGAGAAUACCGACAAGUGCAGCCUCACCCAGGCAGAACAGAGUGCAAAGUUUCAGGUUAUGGAGAGAGAACAUCAACAGAUGAAGGGCACCAGGAUGAUCAUGAAGCUCAAACAAAAGAAGCAAGAGUAUGAGGCAGUGUCAUCCAACUUUAAUCUGGCCCAUAUAAAGAGAAGGAUCUUCAGUCUGCAGACGGAGUGGAAAAACCUUUCGCGUAAGUGCAACAGUCAGGAGAAACAGUUUACCAAGAGGAACCAGCUUUUGUGCGAGGACUACAAACGCAACAUCCAGCAAUAUGAAGGCGUACAGAAGAAAAUCAAGCACUUUGCAGCCACUGAUUCCAAAAGAUUUGAGGAGAUGUGGUUAAUGAUUGAAGGAGAGGUGAAGCAACUUGUAGAGAGGGCUUUGGUCAUUGACUCGCAGAUCUACACGGAACUUGGCUUGUCCUGGGAGCGACCACCUAUGCCAUUCAUGGGGCACUCUGGUCCCAUCCGACCAAAGAAACAAGCUUUACCAAAUAACCAAAGAGUGAUGGAUGCCUCAGUUGGGCCCAAGCUGGAGAGUGCCAUUGAGAGCAGGGAUACGGAAAUGCACAAGGAAAGGACAGCAGUGCAGAGUGAGAGCAGUGCAGAGGAGGGGAACUUGUUGAUGGAGACGGUGAAGAAAGUGAUGGAGAUGCUGUGUGAUGAGGCGGGUUUCCUGAUGGACGACCAGCUGCUGAACCUGCUGGCUCCCCUGGGGAAGGAGGAACAGACUCUUGUGAAGCUGUGCUCUCUUCUUCAUUCUUUGGGGAUUGAAGAGGAGGAUUUUCCCAAGUUGGUUCAUUUCUUAAUAAAGUACAAACAUCAGCAUCAGAGAGAGCAGACUGAGGAUAUUUGUGUCGAGUUCGGUGAAUCCAGUGACAGCAUAGAGGAAGUGGGGACCAACUCUAUGACCUCUGAAGUCCUUGAUCCUGAUCAUGUUAUGCCCGCCCUAAAGAGUUUCCUCGAGCAGCUCAGAAGGUCCAGGCACACCUCAGCCCGCCAACUUUCCAGCUUGCAGCGCUUGGAAGCCCGGGAUUCUUCAGAGGAUAAAGCCUACUGGGAGAGUAUGGGCAACAUAAUCUCCAAGGACAAAUUGAAGCUCUGGGAUGCAACAGAGGACAGACUAACGCAGUACCUUUCGGUCUUGACAGACAUCUCUGAGCUCAUCCCUGAGUGUCAGAGUCUGGAGCAGCAGAACAAAGAUCUGCGGCGGCUGCUGCAACAGACUCUCAACUCAAGAGUCACCACAGAACUGGAGGUACCCUAAUCCACACUGGAGUCAUCAGAACUGGGACAACACGUGCAUGCGGUUUCACCAGAAUAUUUGUAAAAUGAUUUAUAUUCACUGUAAAAUAAAUCCCCUAUUAAAUC